AACGUUUUCAGUUUUUCUCACCUGCUCUCUGGAGAGAGAAGAAGAGGGUCUUUUGAAAUCCUGGUGGGAAUACAGUAACCAGUGAAGAUGAACGGCCAGCCCCCUGCAGGAAGUGCACUGGCUGCCCCUGCUGGUGGUACAGGACCAACCACCCCCAAGAAGGGACCCCCCAAAUUCAAGCAGAGGCAGGCUCGUACAUUCAAGAGCAAGGCCCCCAAACCCGGCCAGAAGGGAUUCGGUGACGACAUUCCUGGAAUGGAAGGUCUUGGCACAGACAUCACUGUGGUCUGCCCAUGGGAGGCCUUUGGCGACAUGGAGCUCAGUGACCUGGCCAAAUAUGGCAUCAUCUAA